AUUCCACACACAUUCGAAAUCCCACCUCAAGAAAAGCUGCACAACAACAAAAUUUGCACUCACCAAAAGACUUUUCUCUCUCUCAAAAUACAGGGGAAAACUAAGCCCCAUGUUGAAAACAGCCACCACCAUCUUCCUAGGCUUAGCCACCUCUUUCACCUUCCUCCUCAUUUCUCCUCCUCCUCCAAAAUCUUUCUACCACUCCCUCUACAUAUCCACUUCUCUAUCCGACAACACUUCAAUAUCACAUCAUUUACACACCCUCACUCGCCGGCCCCACGCUGCUGGUUCUGAGGCAAACGCAGAGGCUGCAGCCUAUGUUUUAUCCAUCUUCACCUCCAGCAAUAUCAAAUCUCACAUAGCAUCCUAUGAGGUUUCUCUAACCUACCCUUCUUCCCGUUCCUUAACACUAAUACCACCACCUCCAGAGACACCCACAACCUUCAAUCUUCGUCAAGAAAUUUAUGAUGGUGAUCCAUAUGCAGAUGUAGCAGAUGAAGUUCAGCCUACUUUCCAUGCAUAUGCAAAGUCAGGCACUGUCUCCGGACUUGUGGUUUAUGUGAACUAUGGACGCAUAGUAGACUACUCGACACUGAAAGAAAUGGGUGUGAAUGUAUCAGGUACAAUUGUUUUGGCAAGGUAUGGAGAAAUAUACAGAGGAAACAUAGUCAAGAAUGCGUACGAAGAAGGUGCUAUUGGGGCAUUGUUGUAUACAGAUAGGAAAGACUAUGGUGGUGGAGGAGGGGAUACAAGGUGGUUCCCAGAUGAGAAGUGGAUGCCACCAAGUGGGGUUCAGGUGGGAACAGUUUAUAAUGGGAUCGGCGACCCUACUACACCUGGAUGGGCAAGCACUGGAAACUGUGAAAGGUUAUCUGAAGAGGAAGUAGAGAAAGGAGGGGAUGUUCCACUUAUACCUUCCUUGCCAAUAUCUGGGGCAGAUGGUGAAACAAUCUUGAGAUCGGUUGGUGGAGAUGUUGCCCAUGAGGAUUGGCAAGGAAGCAUAGAUGCACCUACUUACAGGGUUGGACCAGGGCCAGGGAUUAUCAAUCUCAGUUACACUGGAAAUCAAAUCAUAGGGACUAUUCAGAAUGUCAUUGGUAUAAUUGAAGGAGCGGAAGAGCCUGAUCGAUUUGUCAUUCUGGGUAAUCAUCGGGAUGCAUGGACAUUUGGAGCUGUUGAUCCCAAUAGUGGCACCGCAGCAUUGCUAGAGGUUGCAGAAAGACUGGGGAAGCUGCAAAAAAAAGGAUGGAAACCUCGAAGAACAAUUGUCUUAUGCAAUUGGGACGCUGAAGAAUAUGGCCUGGUAGGAUCCACUGAAUGGGUAGAAGAGAACAGAGAAAUGCUAGCUUCAAGGGCUGUUGCUUAUUUGAAUGUUGACUGUGGAGUAGCUGGACCAGUAUUCCAUGCCUCUGCAACGCCCCAGCUUGAUGAACUGCUCAAACGAGCAACUCAACAGGUCAAAAGAAAUCUUCUCUCUGUUGCUGCUAUUAUCUCACUCAUCUCUAUUGAACUCGUAAUUGAUUUGAAGGUUCAAGACCCAGAGAACUCAUCACAAACUAUUUAUGAUUCAUGGGUUGAUUCCAGCAAUUCUCCCCCGAUUGGAAGGUUAGGAGAUGGAGGAUCAGAUUUCGCAGCUUUUGUGCAACAUGUAGGAAUUCCAGCAGCUGCAAUGUUUUUUGGAGGAGGAUACCCUGUAUACCACUCGAUGUACGAUGACUUUGUCUGGAUGGAAAAAUUUGGGGAUCCAAUGUUUCAUAGACAUGUAGCAGUGGGAAGUGUUUGGGGUUUAGUAGCUCUUUGGUUAGCAGAUGAGGAGUUUUUGCCUUUCAACUAUCUCUCCUAUGCAAAGGAGCUCCAGAAAAGCACAAAGGACUUGAAAGAUGAGAUCUCAGAAACUGAUAUAAGCCUAAAUCCUCUGUUCAAGUCCAUAGAGGAGCUCCAUAAAGCUGCCACCACGAUGAACAACCAGAGAAAGGAAAUAAUAGAAAGAAAAGGCUGGACAUCAAUGUGGAAUAAAGAUCAUUUGAAGGUGAGAGAGUUGAAUGAUAGACUAAUGAUGGCAGAGCGCGCAUUUACAGACAAAGAUGGACUCUUUGGAAGGUCCUGGUAUAAGCAUUUGAUUUAUGGGCCCUCAAAGCACGAUGACUAUGGAUCUAAAACCUUCCCUGGGAUAGAUGAUGCAAUAGAGAAGGCAAAGAACCUGAAUACUGCAGAUUCAUGGCGUGCAGUACAACAUGAAGUUUGGCGAGUCUCUCGAGCUGUUAAACAUGCUUCACUAGUCCUCAAUGGUAAACUAACAUGAAUAUGUACUGAUAUAUUCAGUCCUCAGAGUCGUGCACGUCAUGUAUUCAAAGGAGGCAAAUAUCCUUGUCAUUUAUUAAUUUGAUUGUUAAAAUAAUGGUUAAAUGAUUAAAUUCAUCAUUUCUGAACAAUUUUGUGACAAGUGACAACUGGUAAUUUAUCAUGGUAUCAGAAUGGGUGAUCUUGAGUUCAAA